GGAGAAGAUUUAUGUUACCGUGCGAGUGAGGCCUUUAAGCAAGAAAGAACAAGCAGCAAAAGACCAAGUAGCAUGGGAAUGUGCUAAUGACCAUACAAUUGUGCUCACGUCAUCCUCUCAAGAUCGAGCAAGUUCCACAGCGUCGUAUACCUUCGUCAGACAGAGUAUUUGGUGCAUCUUGUCUAAAUGAGACAGUUUAUGAAGAAGGAGCUAGGGAUGUAGCAUUAUCAGCAUUGACAGGAAUUAAUGCUACUAUUUUUGCUUACGGUCAGACUAGCAGUGGGAAAACAUACACUAUGAGAGGGAUAACUGAGAGUGCUGUACACGAUAUAUACAAGCAUAUUCAUAAUACUCCAGAGAGGAAUUUUGUAAUCAAGAUUUCUGCAAUGGAAAUUUAUAAUGAGGUAGUACAUGACUUGUUAAAGCCGGAAUCUGGGCCUCUCCGGCUUCUAGAUGACCCUGAGAAAGGAACUAUUGUUGAGAAAUUGGAAGAAGAAACAGCAAAAGAUGAUGAGCAUUUGAGACAUUUGAUUGGCAUCUGUGAAGCUAAAAGGCAGGUUGGUGAAACUUCCUUGAAUGACACCAGCUCUAGAUCACACCAGAUAAUCAGGCUGACAGUCGAGAGUAGCCUACGUGAGAAAUCAGGCUGUGUGAAAUCUUUUGUAGCUAGCCUCAACUUGGUGGACCUUGCAGGGAGUGAGAGGGCCUCCCAAACUCACGCUGAUGGUGCUAGGCUGAAAGAAGGCUGCCACAUAAAUCGCAGCUUGUUGACUCUCACAACUGUCAUCAGAAAGCUCAGUGUUGGAAAAAGAAGUGGCCACGUACCAUACAGGGAUUCAAAGUUAACACGAAUCUUGCAGCUCUCACUCGGAGGAAAUGCAAGGACUGCAAUUAUCUGUACCAUGAGUCCUGCACUCGCCCAUGUAGAACAAUCACGGAACACUCUCUUCUUUGCAACCUGUGCGAAGGAAGUCACCAACACCGCGCAAGUUAAUAUGGUUAUAUCAGAUAAACAAUUAGUGAAGCACCUACAGAAGGAAGUUGCUAGACUAGAAGCAGAGUUGCGCACACCGGAACCAUCAGCAUCAUCGUGUUCAGAGGCCCUUCUGAUGGAAAAAGAGCUGAAGAUUAAAAAGAUGGAAAUGGAAAUGGAAGAACUAAAGCGGGAAAGAGAUCUUGUGCAGUCACAACUGUAUGAGCUGCGGAAGAAAACUGGGUUAAAUCCAUCUGAGUCACCUCAUCAAGUAGCAAAAUGUCUCACAUUUUGUGGUCCAUCUGUUCGUGCUGUAGACCGAACAAAGAACCCAAUGAGGCAGUCAUCCACUGCCCCGACCAUGCUCAUGCAUGAGAUUCGCAAACUCGAACACUUGCAGGAGCAGCUCGGGCAGGAAGCAAACCGAGCACUUGAAGUCUUACAAAAAGAGGUGGCCUGCCACCGGCUAGGGAAUCAAGAUGCUGCCGAAACAAUUGCCAAACUUCAAGCCGAAAUUAAAGAAAUGCGUUCAGUCAAAUCUCUAACCAAAGAGGUUGGGGUGGAAAUUUUGAAAUGUGGCCAGAACCCUGGUACCAACCUUAAGGAAGAAAUCACAAGACUCCAUUCUCAGGGAAGCACUAUUGCUGAUCUUGAGCAGCAGUUAGAGAAUGUCCAGAAAUCGAUAGACAAGCUAGUGAUGUCUCUUCCAAGUAAUUUUCAGUUCGAUGAGACUGUUCUCAAACCAUCUCCCAAGAACAAGAAGAAGAAAACGCUUCCAUUGAACAUAAGCACAACUAUAAACCGUCCACAUCUUAUAAAAUCCCCUUGCUCUCCUCUCUCAUCUUCUAGUAAUGUGCUGGAAACUGAGGUGGAGAACAAGGCUCCAGAGGCGAACUUGUCUCAUGAGGCUGUAUUGUGUUCAGAGAAAGCUACUCCUACCAAGAGCGAUGAUGGUGGAGACAUCUCAUCGAGAGAAAGCACACCUCGCCACAAGCGUUCAAGUUCUGUGAACAUGAGGAAGAUGCAAAAAAUGUUCCAAAAUGCAGCAGAGGAAAAUGUAAGAAGUAUUAAAGCAUAUGUUACGGAGCUUAAAGAGCGAGUUGCUAAACUUCAGUACCAGAAGCAGCUCCUAGUAUGCCAGGUGUUGGAGUUAGAAGCAAAUGAGGCGGGAGGAACUGACGCAUCGGAGGAUAAUGAUCAUACUUCUGAGCUGCAUAAAUCCCCUCAGACAUGGCAUGCAAUCUUUAAUGAGCAGAUGCAAAAGAUCAUUGACUUAUGGGAUAUUUGCCAUGUAUCAAUAAUACAUCGAACUCAGUUUUACUUGCUAUUCCGUGGUGAUCCAGCUGAUCAGAUAUAUAUUGAGGUGGAGCUUAGAAGAUUGACUUGGUUGCAGAAGCACCUUUCAGAGGUUGGAGAUGCAAGCCCUGCUUAUACUGGAGAGGAAACCAUGGUUUCUCUCUCAUCGAGCAUAAAAGCAUUGAAACAAGAAAGAGAAUUCCUUUCGAAGAGAGUGAACUCACGCCUGACAGAAGAAGAGAGAGAGCGAUUGUACAGAAAAUGGGAUAUCCCCCUCGAUGGCAAGCAAAGGAGGCUUCAACUGAUAAACAAGCUCUGGACUGAUACUGACAAUAGAGCUCACAUCGAGGAGAGUGCUGAUAUAGUGGCUCGUUUGGUGGGUUUCUGUGAGAGCAGAAAUGUGAGCAAGGAGAUGUUCGAGCUGAACUUUGCAUUGCCUGCAAAUAAGAGGCCAUGGCUUAUGGGAUGGCAACCCAUAUCCAGCUUACUACAUCGACUGUGACCACAAUUUUCAGAAGUCAAAGCUAUCAUUCUUCAUAUAUGUGACGUCAUUCAUUAGAAUUUUUUUUUUCCUUUGUUCUAUCUUUUAAAAAAAUCAAUCGUGGCGUGAUUAGUCCAUCUAUAAUGCAAGAAAUGGAAGAAUAUGAGUUUGGCGUAUAAAGAUGUAAUUGUUUUUGGUUUUA